ACUCCCUCCUAACAGCUCUCAUACAGGACUGCAGCAGGACUUUAAACAUUUGUUCAGGAUGAACAGAAAUCCACAGGAGGAAAUUGAGGAAAUCGAGGAAGCAGAAGCAGCAGCUAACUAUGUUAGUGUACCAGCAUGCACUGUGGAGAAAGUGGCAGCUCGUCCAGACCAGAGGUCUCUCUGCUUCUCUCAGACUUUUCUACCGAUAGCAGUGUGUUGGCUGAUACUGUUGGUCAUCAUGGGCCUCCGUAUCUACUUUACCAAUCGCAUCCUCAACGACAAACUCAGCGUCUUAGAAAACCAGGUCACAGACCUGACUGCAGUAAACCAGGAGCUGGAGACGGAGAGGAACAACUCAAGAGGACCAAUACAGAACAUCAGUCGAGCUCAGUGGAGCAUUGAUGAAUACUGCCCCAAAUUAAAUAAUGAGAGACAGUGUAGAGCUUGUCAGAAGGGCUGGACACUCUUCAAGUCCAGCUGCUAUCUGAUUAAUGACGCUGAUCCUCCUGAAGAGAAAACCUGGGAAGAAGCUCGAGAAGACUGCAGAUCACGGAGUUCAGAUUUGGUUGUUGUACAUGAUGAAGAUGAACUGGAUGUACUCAUUUUUAACGGCUGGUCCUGGAUUGGCCUGAGAGCUGAAGGAGGGACAUGGAAGUGGAUCGAUGGAAGUGAUCUGACUGAAAGCGACUGGAUACCAACACCACCACAACCUCCUACUGAUGUUACCAAUCGCAACCUCAACGACAAACUCAGCGUCUUAGAAAACCAGAUCACAGACCUGACGGAGAGGAACAACUUAAGAGGACCAAGACAAAACAUCAGUCGAGCACAGUGGAGCAUUGAUGAAUACGGCCCCAAAGAAAAUAACGGAUUCACUCAGCUGGUCUUGUUUAGAAAAGGUUGGAUCCUGGAUUGGCCUGAGAGCUGA